GUCCGGACUUGCAACCACAGCAAAGCGACUCAGCCAGAGAAAUCGAGGAGAUAUUCGACGUAAUUUCAUCUGUGGCAAAGCGACCUAAAUUUCGGCCUUGUACUGGAUAACUUCGCUAUGAUGCAGACGCAAUAGCAUCUUCUAAAACUAAGUCGUCAUGCACGAUAACAGGAAUGGUAUGAUGCCGUUCCAACCACCCAUCAGCAGAGACAGGGCCAUCUUGGAAUUCCCAAAGUGCUACACACCUGAGGCCUCUCUGCAGCUGAAGAAAGACUGGGACAUUCAGGCUAAAGCAGCCUGUAAAGACAGAGCUGCCAGGCAUCAGCCGUGGGACCGACAGAAAAUGUCAAAAGUGGUGGUUGUUGGAGACCUCAAUGUGGGGAAGACCUGCCUCAUUAAUAGGUUUUGUAAAGAUAUAUUUGAAAGAGACUACAAGGCCACCAUAGGAGUAGACUUUGAGAUCGAGAGGUUUGAAAUAUCUGGAGUACCUUUCUUCCUCCAGAUCUGGGAUACUGCUGGGCAGGAAAAAUUCAAGUGCAUUGCAUCUGCAUACUACAGAGGGGCUCAGGUCAUCAUCACAGUCUUUGACAUGGCGGACAUUAAGUCCCUAGAUCAUACACGCCAAUGGCUGCUGGAGGCCAUGAGAGAAAAUGACCCUGACUCCUGUUUCAUCUUCUUGGUUGGCACUAAGAAUGACCUGCUACCCUCGGAAGAAAGACAGAGGACAGAAAAAGAUGCCAUUAAAAUAGCAACAGAAAUGCGUGCAGAGUUUUGGGCUGUUUCAGCUAAAACAGGGGAGAACGUGCAGGGGUUUUUCAUCAGGGUGGCGGCUUUGGCCUUUGAAAAAUGCAUACUGAAGGACAUGAAGAAUGGGGUCCCCACUAGCAUCGGACGAGGAGAUAGUAUCAAAUCAAAUCAUGCCAGACUGGAGGAGGCCACAUCCCAAGACAUGAAGAGAAGCUGCUGCUGAUGAAAAGAGGAACUGAGAGCUGUCAAAAAGAGCAGAACCAGAUGGAAGCUGUACUAUGAGCUUCAGCUGCAGAAGUCAAAAAGACAGACCAUGUUCCACCGGACUGAAAUGUGCCUUAGGACAUGUUCCAUCUUAUUUCAUCCAAACAGCUAUGUAUUAUGAUGUUUGCAGAAGGUUUGACCAGUAUGUGUUCUUGAAAGUCAAUUUUUAUUGGACUGAAGCGAACAAUAAUGGAUUAUUUUUGCUGAUACUAAAUCUUACAAAUUCAAUCAAUUUCAUAGCAUGAAAGUCCAAAAUGUACUCAGUGGAACAAAAUGUUUAUUGACAAACCCAGGAUAAAAUCAUACUAUGGUAAUAACUAAUAUUUGGGUCUGAUCAGCAUAUUGCUCACAACUGUUUUAGUUUAUGGUAUUCUCAUGUAGUAUUGGUCAGUUCUGCAAUAUCUCUAAAAUGAAAACUCCAUUGUGUCAAUCAUUUCAGAGGUGGACAGCAGUGCCUGGACGGAAUUGCAUUUGGGACAUCCUUCAACAUCAUCCCUUGUGAAACCCUUUUAUGGACACGUUUUUCUGUACUACUGUAAUAGUGUUUGUUUCUUCAUACAGUAUUGUUGUGGAAUAUUUUUUCACCCAUUAGUAUGUGUUGUACACUGAUAAAGGUUUCAUGAAUAUUCAGAGGCUGGAAUUUGGGAGCAGGUAAACCAAAUGUCUAUGUUUAUUUUCAAGUAAUAAAAUUGUAAAUGGGUUCUCUUAACUCAACAUACAUUAUAUAUUGAUCACAUUAUAAUGUCAUUUCUUGAGUAUAUAUUGAUAUAAUGGAGCAAUAGCUAAUGAAAGCAACUGUUCAUUUAUGA